UGAGAGUUGCCAUUCCAUCACCUAGCAAGCACCUCGCCCCUCUCUUCAAACCCACUAAUCCAUACUCAUACUUCCGCCAGCUCAAGCACCCCGGCACGGGCCGCACCGCCGUCGCCAUCGCCGCCUCCAACCGCGUCGCGAUUCGCAAAAAGAAAUGGAUGGAGUACCAAGGGAUCAACAAUUGGGAAGGCCUGCUCGACCCUCUCGACGACCACUUACGCCGCGAGAUACUCCGCUACGGGGAGUUCGUCGAGGCCACGUACCGCUCGUUCGAUUUCGACCCGUCCUCUCCCACCUACGCCACCUGCAAGCACCCCCGGAGCUCGCUCCUGGCCCGCACCGGGUUCCGAGAGACCGGAUACCGGGUGACGCGCUAUCUGCACGCCACGUGCGGGGUCCAAAUGCCGCAUUGGGCUUCUAACGUCGCUAGUUGGAUGGGCACGCGGUCAAGCUGGGUCGGUUAUGUGGCCGUGUGCGAGGACGGCAGGGAGAUCUCGAGGCUGGGGAGGCGGGACGUGGUGGUCGCCUUCCGAGGGACCGGCACGUGCUUGGAGUGGAUCGAAAACCUCCGCGCCAACUUGACUUGUGUGGGCGGCGACGGCGGAGUGGAGGGGGAAGGGCCUAUGGUGGGAAGGGGGUUCUUAAGCUUAUUCACAUCAAAAGCAGCCACUAACAUGAGCUUACAGGACAUGAUAAGAGAAGAAGUUGCCAGAAUCAUCAAAAUGUACGGCGACAAGCCCCUCAGCUUGACGAUCACGGGCCACAGCCUCGGUGCCGCGCUCGCCAUCCUCAGCGCGUACGACAUAAGCUCCAACAUGCCGAACGCACCGAUGGUGACGGUCGUAUCGUUCGGCGGGCCCCGCAUCGGGAACAGGACCUUCAGACGCUUCCUGGAGAAGAGCAAGGCGAAGGUUCUCCGCAUCGUGAACUCGGACGACCUCGUCACCAAGGUGCCGGGGCUAAAGGACGACGUGGCGAGGCUCCCGUGGUUGUUCCGGGGACGCACAGAGCAGGCGCCGUCGGCGUACGCCGACGUGGGACGGGAACUGAGGCUGAGCAGCAGGGAGUGCCCGUACCUCGGCAGCGCCAACCUCGCCACGUGUCACGAGCUGAAGACGUAUCUUCAGCUGAUUAGUGGGUUCGUGAGCUCCAAGUGUCCUUUUAGGGCUACAGCGACGAAGGUGCUGAGUGUGAAUAACAGCAGAUCAAGGGUUAAAAAGCCAGUAUCUUAAUUAGUACGAGAAUCAUGCAUGAACGCAUGCCAGCAAGCCUUUCUCACUCCCUUUCGAAGAGAUACUUGCUAUGCAUCCGAUUCAUGCGAGCCGAAAUACAUUCCAAAAAGUAGGGUAAGAGAGAUCUCACCGGAGGCCAACAUGAUCAGUGAAUAACCUCGAAUUGGUCACGACUCGCGCACGAAUCAUCAGCAUAGGAUUGUACGUUUUCGUGCCAUCGUUUAGGGGGUUUAGAGGACAAGAACUCCAUAGAUGGUGGGGGAAGGUGUCGUGAGAAAGUAAAUUUGGCGUUUAUAGUAGUUUUUCAACUCCUGGUUGAAAAUAUCAUGUCCACUUAUAAAUGUAUCUGUGCUCUGUUGUUAAUGUAUAGAUUACUGGAAAAUUCCCGGAGUGGAGCAUUGCUGAGUUCCAUUUCCUUCGCAUCUCAAAUCAUUAUUGAACAGAUGAAAUUCAUGUUGGUGUUCUUGGAU